AUGACACCACCAGGCUCAAUUCUCGUGACAGGCGCCAACGGCGGCCUUGGAUCUGCUAUUGUCGCUCAUAUAGUAAAAGACGCGCAUUUGGCAAAAUAUACCGGAUUAUACUCUGUCAGGAUUGCCGAUUCGGCGACUCAGCUGAGUGCUGCUCUGGCCAAGGCGCCCGAUACUCAUCACCAUGAGACACUGGAGGUGGAUCUUGCUUCAAUAGCCAGUGUAAAAAGCCUCGCCAUGGAUAUCAAUAAUCGUGUUUCCAAAGGAGAGUUAGCCCCAAUACGGGCCCUGAUUCUCAAUGCUGGAUACCAAGAUCACCUUGCUCUGACCAUGACAGACGAUGGUUUUGAAACCACAUGGCAGGUGAACUACCUGGCCAAUUUUAUCCUCACCCUUCUAUUGCUAGAGAGUAUCGAUAAGAAGAACGGCACGAUUCUCUUUGUUGCAAGUUGGGCUCAUGACGUCGAUGACGCCAGAAAUGAGACAGGAGGCUUCGCCCCAUACAAAGAUCCAAAGUGGCGGGACAUGUUUCCCAGCCCAGAGCUUUUAGCUAGCGGCAAUUGGAGCACGCCUGCAGAUGAAUCCGGUCCCUAUCCAGGUCAACGUCGAUAUGGAGCUAGUAAGUUGUGUGCUGUGAUGCAUAUGCAUGAACUGGCCGAGCGAAUCGCUAGAGACCAGUCCCUAUCAGGCAUUUCUGUUGUUGGCCUUGAUCCUGGCGGCAUGGGGACAGGUCUUACUCGGAAGAGCAGUCUUAAGAUGAGGCUGAUGAUGAAGGCUAUUCCGCUUUUCGCCGCAUACACGGUAGGUUCUGAUCCUAACGGUACACUGCGUCCUACAUGGAAGAGCGCCGCAGAUGUUAUCCGAGCUUGCUUUGAGAUAGAUCUCCCCAAAGAUAAAGCACUCUAUCUCAAUGGGACAGACCAGAUCGAGACAGCAAAGGAUUCCAAGGACUCUUUGAAGAGAAAGCAGUUGUGGGAAUACGGAGUCAAAGUGACCGGUAUCGGACCCAACGACACAGCUCUACAUGAACUGUCAUAA